GAUUUCCAUCAGGUAUUUUUUCUGGCAUCAAGCCUCUGUUUUUGCAAAUUAUUUUUUUUCUGUGAGUUUUUAUGUUGAAAUAUUUUCCACAUUAGCAUGUAUUGACUCAGUUUACUUUUUGGUGAACUAUUGAAAUCGCUCAAUUGAACGGGAACUUAUGCCAAUCCUGAGAGGGUAAGAAACUUGUUGAGAAUUAUUUUUGCCCUCUCAACAAAAGACAUUAGAUUUUUAAGUAUCCAAGAAUUAUCAUAUUAUGUCUAAUAGUGGUCAUCGUAGUGAUUAAGGCUUCCCAGGCCUCACCAAGAUUUGGGUAACAAAUGAAGCAACGUAGUAGCUUCGUUCACCCAUUUUCCUUAUUUGAAUGAAACUAGAGAAAGAGUGGGCUAAAGGAAAGAAGCCCUCACUCCCACACUCACCCUCUUUUUUCUCGUUCCCUUAUGCUAUAUUUGUCUUCUUUGCCAGAUUAAACCGGAAGCCUCAGCCAAAAUGAAGAGAAACACAGAAGAUUAAAGGUUCUACAAAACUUAAAAGAAGCAGCGAUUCUAUUCACUUGUUAUUGGACUUGAAACUCCCUUUGACCUCGGAAACUGAAGAUGAAGUUGCCAUGGGAACUGCUGGUACUGCAAUCAUUCAUGUUGUGCGUUGCAGAUGAUUCCACACUGCAUGGCCCGAUUUUUAUUCAAGAACCAAGUCCUGUAAUGUUCCCUUUGGACUCUGAGGAGAAAAAAGUGAAGCUCAAUUGUGAAGUUAAAGGAAAUCCAAAACCUCAUAUCAGGUGGAAGUUAAAUGGAACAGAUGUUGACACUGGUAUGGAUUUCCGCUACAGUGUUGUUGAAGGCAGCUUGUUGAUCAAUAACCCCAAUAAAACCCAGGAUGCUGGAACGUACCAGUGCACAGCAACAAACUCGUUUGGAACAAUUGUUAGCAGAGAAGCAAAGCUUCAGUUUGCUUAUCUUGACAACUUUAAAACAAGAACAAGAAGCACUGUGUCUGUCCGUCGAGGUCAAGGAAUGGUGCUACUGUGUGGCCCACCACCCCAUUCUGGAGAACUGAGUUAUGCCUGGAUCUUCAAUGAAUACCCUUCCUAUCAGGAUAAUCGACGCUUUGUUUCUCAAGAGACUGGGAAUCUGUAUAUUGCCAAAGUAGAAAAAUCAGAUGUUGGGAAUUAUACCUGUGUGGUUACCAAUACUGUGACAAACCACAAGGUCCUGGGGCCACCUACACCACUAAUAUUGAGAAAUGAUGGAGUAAUGGGUGAAUAUGAGCCCAAAAUAGAAGUGCAGUUCCCAGAAACAGUUCCGACUGCAAAAGGAGCAACGGUGAAGCUGGAAUGCUUUGCUUUAGGAAAUCCGGUACCAACUAUUAUCUGGCGAAGAGCUGAUGGAAAGCCGAUAGCAAGGAAAGCCAGAAGACACAAGUCAAAUGGAAUUCUUGAGAUCCCUAAUUUUCAGCAGGAGGAUGCUGGUUUAUAUGAAUGUGUGGCUGAAAAUUCCAGAGGGAAAAAUGUAGCAAGGGGACAGCUAACUUUUUAUGCUCAACCUAAUUGGAUUCAAAGAAUAAAUGAUAUUCACGUGGCCAUGGAAGAAAAUGUCUUUUGGGAAUGUAAAGCAAAUGGAAGGCCUAAGCCUACAUACAGGUGGCUAAAAAAUGGUGAACCUCUGCAAACUCGGGAUAGAAUUCAAAUUGAGCAAGGAACACUCAACAUAACAAUGGUGAACCUCUCAGAUGCUGGCAUGUAUCAGUGUUUGGCAGAGAAUAAACAUGGAGUUAUCUUUUCCAACGCAGAGCUUAGUGUUAUAGCUGUAGGUCCAGAUUUUUCAAGAACACUCUUGAAAAGAGUAACUCUUGUCAAAGUGGGAGGUGAAGUUGUCAUUGAGUGUAAGCCAAAAGCGUCUCCAAAACCUGUUUAUACCUGGAAGAAAGGAAGGGACAUAUUAAAAGAAAAUGAAAGAAUUACCAUUUCUGAAGAUGGAAACCUCAGAAUCAUCAACGUUACUAAAUCAGACGCUGGGAGUUAUACCUGUAUAGCCACUAACCAUUUUGGAACUGCUAGCAGUACUGGAAACUUGGUAGUGAAAGAUCCAACAAGGGUAAUGGUGCCCCCUUCCAGUAUGGAUGUCACUGUUGGAGAAAGUAUUGUUUUGCCGUGCCAGGUAACGCAUGAUCACUCGCUAGACAUCGUGUUUACUUGGUCAUUUAAUGGACACCUGAUAGACUUUGACAGAGAUGGGGACCACUUUGAAAGAGUUGGAGGGCAGGAUUCAGCUGGUGAUUUGAUGAUCCGAAACAUCCAACUGAAGCAUGCUGGGAAAUAUGUCUGCAUGGUCCAAACAAGUGUGGACAGGCUAUCUGCUGCCGCAGACCUGAUUGUAAGAGGUCCUCCAGGUCCCCCAGAGGCUGUGACAAUAGAUGAAAUCACAGAUACCACUGCCCAGCUCUCCUGGAGACCCGGGCCUGACAACCACAGCCCCAUCACCAUGUAUGUCAUUCAAGCCAGGACUCCGUUCUCCGUGGGCUGGCAAGCAGUCAGUACAGUCCCAGAACUCAUUGAUGGGAAGACAUUCACAGCGACCGUGGUGGGUCUGAACCCUUGGGUCGAAUAUGAAUUCCGCACAGUUGCAGCUAAUGUGAUUGGGAUUGGGGAGCCCAGCCGCCCCUCAGAGAAACGGAGAACAGAAGAAGCUCUCCCCGAAGUCACACCAGCAAAUGUCAGUGGUGGCGGAGGCAGCAAAUCUGAACUGGUUAUAACCUGGGAGACGGUCCCUGAGGAAUUACAGAAUGGUCGAGGCUUUGGUUAUGUGGUGGCCUUCCGGCCCUACGGUAAAAUGAUCUGGAUGCUGACAGUGUUGGCCUCAGCUGACGCCUCUAGAUACGUGUUCAGGAAUGAGAGCGUGCGCCCCUUCUCUCCCUUUGAGGUUAAAGUAGGUGUCUUCAACAACAAAGGAGAAGGCCCUUUCAGUCCCACCACAGUGGUGUAUUCUGCAGAAGAAGAACCCACCAAACCACCAGCCAGUAUCUUUGCCAGAAGUCUUUCUGCCACAGAUAUUGAAGUUUUCUGGGCCUCCCCACUGGAGAAGAACAGAGGACGAAUACAAGGUUAUGAGGUUAAAUAUUGGAGACAUGAAGACAAAGAAGAAAAUGCUAGAAAAAUACGAACAGUUGGAAAUCAGACAUCAACAAAAAUCACGAACUUAAAAGGCAGUGCGCUGUAUCACUUAGCUGUCAAGGCAUAUAAUUCUGCUGGGACAGGCCCCUCUAGUGCAAUAGUCAAUGUGACAACCCGAAAGCCACCACCAAGUCAACCCCCCGGAAACAUCAUAUGGAAUUCAUCGGACUCCAAAAUUAUCCUGAAUUGGGAUCAAGUGAAGGCCCUGGAUAAUGAGUCAGAAGUAAAAGGAUAUAAAGUUUUGUACAGAUGGAACAGACAAAGCAGCACAUCUGUCAUUGAAACAAAUAAAACAUCGGUGGAGCUUUCUUUGCCUUUCGAUGAAGAUUAUAUAAUAGAAAUUAAGCCAUUCAGUGACGGAGGAGAUGGCAGCAGCAGUGAACAAAUUCGAAUUCCAAAGAUAUCAAAUGCCUACGCGAGAGGAUCUGGGGCUUCCACUUCGAAUGCAUGUACGCUGUCAGCCAUCAGUACAAUAAUGAUUUCCCUCACAGCUAGGUCCAGUUUAUGACAAAAGUUAUCUAAAGGACUUGCUGUUUAUAAUAUAAGCAACAUUUAGCUAGUUGUUUUGAAGACACCCAGUACUAAGUAAUAUUGUUAUUCAAGUACAUCUUAUUACUGGAAUAAAAAUGUUUUUUGCUUCUUUAGGAAUGGCAUUAUACAGUACUUCCUCAAAGCAAAUCUAGCUUUGUCUGAAGUUUCUUUGGAAACUCUGCAAUGCACUGAAGACAUCUGUAAUAUGAUGUUACCAAAGCAGUUUACAUAUGUCCUUAUAUGCAUAUUUUUUAUUAUAUAUUUAGUGUUUUAUAGAAUUUUUUAAAGUUAACAUAUAAUGUAGAUAUUAAUUUUUUCCUCGGCUGUAAAAUGCUAUGGGCAACACAAUCGUGCAAUUAUAAUUUGAAAAUAUUUCCUUUAAAGAGUUCGAAACUCAUCUUGGUAAAUAAAUUGCAAAUUACUUGUACAGUUUUACAAGGAUCUCAUGGCAGAACAGCUGAAGACUUGGUCUAUAACUCAAGGCUGUUGUAUGCAAACUAUUCUUCUAGUGGUUAAUGCAUUGAAUCAAGUCCUUUUGACAUGUACAAUAUGUUUUCCCAUGCCGUUGUGAAUUUUGUUGUUCAACACAACUUGAGAUGGUUUCAGGAAUGGCUGCAAUCUCAAAAGCUAAAUUUACUGCCCAAGAGGCACCUUGUGCAAUAUUCCCAUCCCUGAAUUUAGCAUUGUACAGUAAGAUUUUCUUUUCACUCAACUAAGUUAGCAUUGUCUUUGUAGUAGCAUUAUCUUAGACAUUAAAUUUGAAGUAACAUAUAUCCUGUAGUAACAUAGACCAAAAGUUACUAUAGUCAACCAAGUCUUUCAAAGGAUAAAAGAUAAUUUUAUUAUCUUUAACUGUAUCUAUUUUGAAUGUAAAUUUAAAAAAAGUAAUUCUCUGUCAAUGGAUUCGUAAUUUCUUUACAAAAUUUCUUACAUAUAAUAUGUGUAUCUCUGUAAUAAUAGAGACCUUCUUUUGAAUCAAAAUUACAUAUGGAGUUUGGAAGAUUUCUCCUAUUUCAACAAAUAGUUGCUGCAAGAAUUUUCAAUAUGACUCUAUAAAAGAUCUUUGGUACAAUUGUAUGGUUUCUUGAUAAUUCUGUUUUGCAAUAGGUAGCCUAGUUGCUUUAUGUGCUUUACCUUCUAAGUUUUAAAAUCACACAUUGGAAAAUGACAAUAUCAACAAAAUUGUAUUCUUCUGAAAAGAACUAUUUGUUACAAUGGGAAAGGUUUUGUAAGCAAACCCUAGUGGAACAGUGACAUAAAAGGCAAUGAAAUUUUCUAUAAACAUUUUCUCAUGUAAACAUGCUGCCACCUUUUCUUCUUUCUCAGAGCACUCAAAUUUGCUGUAAUUUGUCAUUUUUGCUUACAAAUAAUAUAACUUUUCAACCUUCUAGUUAUAUUUAUCCAAUAAGUCAUAAUCGGGAUUCCAUUUGUGUAAAACUAGGGUGGUAACCGGAAAAAAAAAUAUUGUCAGUAUUUCAAGCUGUGUUCCUUUCUUAGUUUGAUAUGGUUACUUCUAUGUUAAAAUAAAAUUUAAAAUCACGUGCAAAAAAAAUCAACAAAAUAAUAAAAUGAAUGAAAAAAAAUGACACCCAGGGAGUUCCCCACCCCAGUGUAAAUGAUAUUUACCAGUGAUCUAGCAUCUGUAAUCUUUUUUAAAGGUAUUGUUAAUAAAUAUUCUGUCAUUUGUAAAGA